AUGCAGGUGGCGGUGAAACAGGCACUACGCGACUGGUUCGAGGCCGCUCGGAAAGGUUCAGAAGGGGUAUCCGGCACUGAGGUUGUUGACGCGGUCGUCACGCUCGGGCUAAACUACGAUUACAAGCAGGUGCAGAGAAUCGUCUUCGCCGAAGCCCGGGAUACGAACGGUCUUCUGUGUUCCGUCAAGAGCUUCACCGCGGCUCUCCUGGCGUGCUGCUCGAGCGACCUCGAGAAGGAAGGAUUGUUUCGAUUGUUGCGUGGAGAAGGAGACUGGUGGGGGUUCGGACUUGGAGGUGUGGUCCCAGCCCGGACGAUUUCAGCGGAAGAACGAAAGCGGUACGACGCCGUAUUGGAGGGUAUCGUGCUGGCUCAGGAGCGUAACGAGGUCCACAGCGCUGCCUCAGCCGCAGGGGGACCAAUACACUACACCGAACAAAAAUCCACCAGCACCGGGCAGCAAGAGCAAGCCUUCCCGCGGGAGUCACAGCCACGAUUGGGAAGCGGUUCGUCGACGGCGCCGGUCGCAACACGGGAGAAAGGAAGACCUACAGCGAGAUGCCGGCCACGCACAACGUCCGCUCGUCAAGGUGGUCAUUUUCGAUCGGCGGCCGCUGUUGCUUCCGCGACUGGAAACAGCUCGAAAGGCCACCAGCGACGUGGAGCGCCCGGGCAGACCGCACCGUCCGGCAACGGUGAUGACUUUGUUGCCUGGUCAAGUUCAAGCGGGCGAACCACGAUGGCGGCCGCGAGGAGCGGUCAGCCUCAACAAGGGGCUUCGGCGAGGGAGGUUAUCCGCAACACGGCCGAGGGACUACGAGACGCUUUGCGCAAGAGAGAGCUGCACCUCGCCAAAGUGGAGGCCCGUUGGGAGAAUUAUGACGGAGUAUCUACGUGGGAAUAA